AUGGAAAAUUUAUUAUGUUGCACGAGAACUCCAUCGCAGCAUGGAGCUUUCCUCUACUUAAUUAGGCGUGGUAGAGGUAAUGAAUUUCUGCGGAUUAUUGAUGAAAAAUCCUUGAUUAAGAAGUAUUGGAGGGAAAUCUCAAUUCUCAAACAAGAACUUGAUCAGCUAAGGAAGGGGAUAAAAUGCAAUCUGGAUUAG